UUCUACUUUAUGCCAUAAUGGAGGAUCUGUUUUGAUUGUUUUAUAUGUUUUCGUGCAUUUUAUCUUAACAACUAUGAAUUUAGUCUGAUUUUUUUGGAUGAAAUUCUAAAUAUUUAUUAGGAAUAAUGACUAGUUUAAUAGAUAAGAUUGAAAUGUUGAUAAAGCGAGAGAAAACAACACCUGACCGCAAAAAAGACGAUACAACAAAGUCAUCCAGUGAAAUACUCUCUGAACUUUUUAGUGCUUUUAAUGCGGACCCUCCGAAAAUUGAUGACAUUGCCUUUAAAAAGGCCAAGAAAAGCAAGAAAAAACAUAAAAAGGAAAAGAAAAAACGCAGUCGAAGUGCCAGUGUUAGUAGUGAUAGUGAUUACAGUAGGAAACGCAAAAAGCGAAAAAAGAGUAAGUCUAAGAAACGUAAGGAGGAUCGCUCACCCUCACGUCGUUAUUCAAAAUCACCUAUAUCUAAAAGAGAAUUAAAGGUAAAGAUUAAAAACGAACUGGAUAAGAUAAAUCAAGAAGCUCCGGUUAAAGUAAAAGAAGAAUUGAAAAUCAAAACGGAACCGGUUAAGACAGAGGUUAUUAAGGAUGAUACGAACGACUCUUGUAUAGUACUUGAUGAUGACAUUGAUGCCAGUGAAAUCCCCAUGCCUGAAUCUCCAAUCGAUAAGCUUAAAUCAGAUCUCAGGUCGAAACUAGAUAAAAAACAAGAAAGUGUAACAGACAAUGACAAAACAAAAAGUAAAAUACAAAUUAAGAAUCUGAAAUUUAGUACAGUUUUCGAAGAGACUGUGAAAAAGGCUGAAGAAGAAGCUAAGAAGAAAAAGGAGAAGUUGGAAGAGGGGGAAUACACAGAUUCCUCGAGUAGUUCAGACGGGGAUGAAGUAUCUAACUCACAGUUCCCGAAGUCAUCAGAUCUAGUCGGAAUAUUAAGGCAACAGGCUGCAGAAGAAACUAAAUUAAUUGAAGAGCAAAAAACUGUGAAUAGAGUGAAAACAACAGAAAAAUCACAUAAAACUUCACAAAGAGAUAGGAGUAGAUCAAGAAAGCGGUCAACCAGUAGAAAACGUUCCAAAUCCCGUUCAACGUCACGGCAUAGAAGACGACACAGAAGUCGGUCCAAGUCCCAUCACAGAACCCGGUCGAGAUCCAGACGGAGUCAUUCGAGACAUCGAUCCAGGUCCAGAAGAUCCAGAUCGAGACACCGAUCCACAUCACGAUCCAGACAUCGCUCGUCAUCAAAAUCCAGACACCGGUCCCGACACUCUUCCAGACAUCGGCGGAGGUCUAGAUCCCCAACAGGAGUCCGUCUAGCCGAUAGUGAGAAGAAGCGUCUGUUAGAGGUAGCUCGACGGAACGCCAUUAACAUGUUGAAGAACGGAGCUGUACCGGCGGGAGCCGCCGCCCUCCCGCCCCAUACACGGAAUCAGGUCAUGGCCGCUAUACAGUCUGGAGGUAAAUCGGUUGAUGAACUGACAGAUUUCUGUAAGCAUUUAUCAAAAAAGGAAGCUCUGGGUGAACUAUCAUCUGUGUCAUCCAAUGAUGAAGAUAUGUCAGAGAAUGAAGACACAAUAGCCUUCCAUCAUCCGUUCCUGGUGAAGGAAAAAGCGCCCAUCAUUAUGAAUAUAAGGGGUGGAGCUCCACUGCCCACAAAAACCAGCAUCCCUGUGGCAAACAAAGACGAACUCCGUCUACAGUUCCCUGUCUCAUCGGGUACACAGCACAGAGAGAAGGCUGAUACAACGGACAAUGAAGAUAUGCAACUGGCGGUCAUAAACACGAAACCAUCGAGUCCAUUGGCUAAAACACUGGAACCGAUCGCUCUUCCCGGUCCCAAACCGGACUAUUUAAAAGUAUUCACAGGUGGAAACAGUCUCAGCACGGUUCCUGCAUUGCCAGCCGCUACAUCAACUAUAGACAAGGCUAAGGAUGUUGCAUCAAUAGUGUCAGAGAAGUUGUCUUUAAUAAGAAAAGAACAAGAGAAUUAUGAAGUUGCGCCUACACAUGGGUUCGGCUUCAAGAGUUCAUCCCUGGGACAAUUCACGGGGUCCACUGGAGCUCACAUACUUACCCCACGAGAACUAGCCAGCGGGGCACAAGCCUGGGCUAAGAAGGAUCAGCUGGUACGAGCUGCUCCCGUUGAAGGUGGGAUGGGAAUGCAUCUGCUACAGAAAAUGGGUUGGACUCCCGGUCGGGGGUUAGGCAAAGAGGGCACUGGGGCGUUACAACCCCUAUUGCUAGAGGUGAAGCUGGACACGAGGGGUCUAACAUCUAAGGAGGAGGUCAGUAACAGGCGUGGAAGACACGUGAAACCGCAGCGUAUAGGUCGUCGUGGCCCGGCGCCGCUCGUGGCUGGAGGGAAGCACCCUGUAUCACUUCUCGGUGAAUACUGUUCCAAACAGAAACUAGGACCUCCUGAGUACAGUCUUUGCUUCGAAUGUGGACCAGAUCAUAAAAAGAAUUUCCUAUUCAAGGUAAAAGUAGCGGGUAUAGAAUAUCAGCCGGCCGUAGCCAGUGCUAACAAGAAACAAGCUAAGGCCGACGCUGCUCAACUAGCGUUGCAAAAACUAGGAAUUGUAACAUAACUUUGAAAUUACCUGUAUAUAUUGAUAUUUAAUAAAACUGUUUUAUAAUUGUACAUUAAA